AUGAACACAUCAAAAAAUGAUGUUGCAGCAGAUGCCAAGAGAAGAGAGCUAAAUGAUAGGAUGAUGCUGGCAGAAAGAUGGUUUCUGGAUUCAGAAGGGAUAAAAGGGAAAGAAUGGUUCAAGCAUCUUGUGUAUGGACCUGCAGCUGAACCAGAGAGCAAGCUAGGAUUCUUCCCUGGGAUAGCAGAUGCUGUUGCAACACACUCAUCAGAGGGAACGAUCCAGCAUGAGAUAUGGAGAGUUGCGAGAGCGAUUCAUAGAACAAGCAAAGCUCCUUUGGGCUCAAAUGAGAAAACAAAAAUUGUAAACACUUGUCGUUUGUAUAUGUAUUGUGUGACUUUAGAUUAUAGAAGCAUAACAAUCUGA